ACUACAACUACCACGGUGGCCACCACCACACCUCAACCAACUACCACGACAACGGCCGGCACUACCACUGAGGGUACAAGCACAACAGACACAACUGCUUCUCCCCCUUCUACUGAGGCUACAACUACCACAGUGGCCACCACCACACCUCAACCAACUACCACGACAACGGCCGGCACUACCACUGAGGGUACAACCACAACAGACACAACUGAUUCUCCCCCUUCUACUGAGACUACAACUACCACAGUGGCCACCACCACACCUCAACCAACUACCACGACAACGGCCGGCACUACCACUGAGGGUACAAGCACAACAGACACAACUGAUUCUCCCCCUUCUACUGUGACUACGACUACCACAGCUGCCACCACCACACCUCAACCAACUACCACGACAACGGCCGGCACUACCACUGAGGGUACAACCACAACAGACACAACUGAUUCUCCCCCUUCUACUGAGGCUACAACUACCACAGUGGCCACCACCACAACUCAACCAACUACCACGACAACGGCCGGCACUACCACUGAGGGUACAACCACAACAGACACAACUGAUUCUACUGAGAGUAUGACUACCACAGCUGCCACCACUUCAGCUGAACCAACUAGCACAACUACUAUUACUACCAUGGGUGAUUCCAGUGUCAGUAACUGCCAGCAUAAGGCUACAGUGACCAAAAUAACCACUUCUAAAGCAAGACUACUUAAUGACAAUUCAGCUAACACUAAAAUAAGCACUUCUAAAACAAGACUACUUAAUGACAAUUCAGCUAACACUAAAAUGAUAGUGAAUUCAUCCGCACAACAACAUUUAGAUGUAACAGUACCAUAUAUUAGACCUGACCAUUUAAUGUGGAUAGUCUCUACUUUGUGAGGUUUUUCAUAAUACAAUUUUCAUGCAAAGUAAAUCCAAUCCAUUUAUUUAUGCUGGAAAGCUGUUACGAUUAAAUAGAAAGUUACCAAAUGUGAUUACAGUCUUUUAUUAUUAUAAAGUUGUAGUCUUUAAUACACUAAUUCCAUAUGUAAUAAGGAAAAUACAUUCUAUAUGGUAAGGGUGUUUUAAAUAGAUUUACAUAUUACCACAUCUUCUUUUUAGAUUGUGCCCACAUUAUUUUCAUUUCAUUUUCUCUUUAAAUCAUUUUGAUAUAUAAGUAAAAUUUUAAAUGUGUUAUCACUAUUUUCAAUUAAUAAUUUUGUUUUCUACUACUUUUUGCAGUAAUCUUAUAAAGGCAUUCAAUUAAAUACUUUCGAUAAAUAUUUACUUAUGCCUGCUAUCCGCUGAAAUACCAGAGAAAAUUCAGAAAAAGAAAAUAGCAAUGCUGCGAGUAAUAAACUUACAAAUUUGGAUUCUGUUACUUAGAAUUCUUGGUAAUUCACAGGUUUAAAUCAAUGUUGAUGGUACACGCACUCUACUGCAGUCCUACUGAAUCAGAAUCCUCAAGGGUGAUCCAGAAAUCUAUAUUUUUCAAAAAGUGUGCAAACAGGACUGAUAACUGCUACUUGAAGCAGUGAAUUCAGAAGGCAUUGUAACCUGUAUCUUUGAUGUUAGUGAGAUUGAUAUAAAUCAGUAAAUAUUCUUUAAAGCACUAACAAAAGUCAAUUCCAUUUGUUGGUGUUAAUUUUACCUAUAAACAAAGGAUGCUGAAUAGCAUAUAGACACGUGAGCACAUGGUAGGGACUGGGUAUGGAAACGCUUUCCUUACCCAAAAGGAAAAAUGUGUUUUCCAGUAAUUUAAAACAAAUAUUUUAGUGGUCACUAUGCUAAUAAGAAGUAAUUUUUAACUGUCCUUCCAAGUCAGCCUUACAGAGUUACUUUCCCCCUGUAUUGCCAACCUACUUACUCUAACUAUAUGCAAUUAAUGUAAUAAAACUUUAUUAGAACACUUUAA